UUGGUAACUAGUAACUUUUGUUCGCUGUUCCUUAUUGCUGGUUCGUUCCUUACAAAAACCAUCACCAAAAUGACAUUGCAAGAUCAUUUUAACGAUACCUCACUUGCUAUAGAGACAAAUGAAUUAGACUAUAUUUUCCCAGGCACCACGAAAAUUGCCUUACAAAAAUUUGAUCUCAAAAUUUCCUGGGGUACUACAAAUUUAAUUGUAGGACCAAAUGGAGCUGGGAAAUCAACCUUAUUAAGAAUAUUAGCGGGAAAGACUUUAAUUAAGAAGGGGAGUUUAAAGAUUGGAGGAUUUGAUCCUUUUGAGUUUUCAAUUGAUAGAAUGAAACAACAUAAUAGUGAUAUUAACAAUUAUAUUACUUAUUUAGGAACAGAAUGGGCAGCUAAUUCAGUAGUCAAAAGAGAUAUUCCAGUAAGUCUUUUAAUUGCUAGUAUUGGAGGAGAAACAUAUACCGAAAGAAGAAAUACAUUAAUUGAUAUUUUAGAUAUAGAUCCUCAAUGGUCAAUGUCAAAGAUUAGUGAUGGAGAAAGAAGAAGAGUUCAGAUUGCAAUGGGAUUAAUAAAACCCUGGAAAAUCUUAUUAUUAGAUGAAGUUACUAUUGAUUUGGAUGUUGUAGUUAGACUGAAGUUAUUAGGAUUCUUAAAAAAUGAAUGUGUAACUAGAAAUUGUUGUGUUAUAUAUGCUACUCAUAUAUUUGAUGGGUUAGGGAAAAAUUGGUGUGAUAGAUUAAUUCAUAUAAAUGCUGGACUUAAGGUUGAUGAUAUAAGGGUUAAUGAUAUUCAAUUUAGAUCUGAUAUUAAUCAUGUAGAAGUUGAUGAACAUCCAGCGAAGAAAGUCAAAAUUCCAAUGGCAGAAUCUUUACACCCAUUAGCAUUACAAUGGCUUAAUGAAGAUUUAGAUCAAAGAGGUAGCAGAGAGGAAGAACGAUUGGCAAUGGAAAGAAGACAUAAUGAUUGGAAUAAUGCUAGAGAUGGAAGAUAUUUUGAUGCGGAUGAUGAUAAAUUAAAGGACUACUUUAAGGCUACUAGAAGUUAUUAGAAUCAUUAUGUUUAUAUUUAUAUAAUUAUAUAUAU